UUCUAGAAACGGAACAAUCAAGGGCUGUUGGGCUUGCAAUGGCUGGGUUCCAGCUUGGAAGUGCUAUUGGACUCACGCUUUCUCCGAUCCUGAUGUCACAAGGUGGUGUAGGAGGACCCUUUAUAAUAUUUGGAUUAUCUGGAUUUCUAUGGGUUUCGGUAUGGGUAUCUGCAACAUCUAGCACUCCAGAGAGAAGCCCUCAAAUAACUAAAUAUGAGUUAGAAUACAUACAGAGCAAAAGGAAAAAGGGUCAAAUGAAGACAACCAAAAUAAUCCCACCGUUCAGGCGUUUGCUUUCUAAAUUACCAACUUGGUCCCUCAUUGUUGCUAAUUCCAUGCAUAGCUGGGGAUUCUUUGUUAUUCUUUCAUGGAUGCCGAUUUACUUUAAAACAAUAUAUCAUGUUGACCUUCGACAAGCAGCAUGUUGA